UUGAUUACGGAACGGGAAGCGCGGAUCGCCGAGUGAGCGUUCAACCGCCGCGGGUUAAACGUCUGCUUUCCGUGUGAAUUCCUGCUGCGCUGCUCCAUCACGCACACCUCGGGGGCUUUGGAGUGACUAGAUACCUGACAUCUCAGCACUUGGCCCUUCCACCCCCAGGCAGAUGUCUUACUCAGUCCUGUAAAUACGUGGGCCAGAGGGCUCAGGAGAAGCAGAGGAUGAGCAACUGAGAAAAACUGAGAAUGAGAAAAGGAUGAGGGAGAAUCCAUAGGGAUAGAAACUGUGUGCAAGGGACUUGUAAGAAGAGUGAAAUGAAAGCGAUUAAGCAUUGAAAAUAGCAGGUGAAUAAAGUAAAUUUUUUAAAAGUUGUAUCUCCAGGAAUGGGAGAUACCAAGUUAAAAAAAAAGCACAAUGUGAGGUUUGCAAGUAAAGUUUUAUCUGGGGCAAAAUGAGGGCUGCAGUCCAGGAAACAGCACUUCACAUAGCUCUGAGAAACUGCUGCAAAGAUUCAGGGGAAAGGUUUCUUGGAGGCCUGCUUGCUUUCCACUCUUUCCCUUUGUACUGGAAAAGCUCUUUGGAAGAGGAGGAAACAGAACAGGAGUCAGAAAUGGCUCUUUCUCAGGCACAGUUGACCUUCAAGGAUGUGGCCAUAGAGUUCACUCAGGAGGAGUGGGAAUGCCUGGACCCUGCUCAGAGGGCCUUGUACAGGGACGUGAUGGUGGAGACCCUCAGGAACCUAGUCUCCUUGGGUGAGGAUGACUUCCCUCUGAAGUUGGGAUCUGCCCUGGGGUAUCACUGCAUUUCCCACUGUGUGAUCUGAAAUCCCUAUUGAUUCCGACAUGAAGAGCUUCAGGAUUGCAGCAUCAGGAGUUUAAAUCUACCUUUUCCUCUGACGAUCUGCCCACUUCAUGAUACAUCAGGAGUUGUUCCAGAGCUUUUGUAGUUGGAGUCAAUGGAAAACUUUUAAUAUACUCAUUUCCUGUUUCCUACGCAUGUACUUUUGAUUUAAAAUUUUAGGAAAAGACUAUGUUUCUGUGCAUUAUACUGUUCCCUGUGUAUUCAGGAGAUAAACAGCAGGUGAAUUUUGGAAAUAUUUUUCUGUUCCUCUCUGUAUUCCCAUGAAUCUUCAGUUGAGCAGGGGACUAGGAUUCUGGCAAAGCCACAGCAAAUCAUGUGUCUUUCCUCUUAUGUGGAGGUAUUUCUGUUUCUUAUCUGAAUAUUUUACCUACCUUGUAACAGGACAAAAAAGAGCCCUGGUUGGUGCAGUGAAGUACAUGCCUUUGAGGGUGUAACAGGUCAUAUCUUGGAAGGGCCGAGGGGAAGCCUCGUUAUUAAUAGUGUGUACAGACUUUCCCCUCAUCUGAGAAUUCUGUGUGAAGUACAAACAUUUACUUCUUUUUUUUUUUUUAAACAUUUACUUCUUAUCUGACCUCUCAGAAAAUUUUUCUUCUCUGUAACUAAUCUAUGGGGUGGGUUUACUGGUUGACAGAUUAUUUUGAUGGAGAAUACUAUUCAUCAUAUAUUGUAAUCUUUUUAUGCUAUAUAGAAAAUAACCACUUCAUGCUAUAUUGAUAUGGUCUGCAUAUUCUACAAUAUGAAAUAAGAAAUAUCCCCAGAGCCUGGCUGAUAAAUCUUUCCGGGUGUUUUUCUGGUUUUGAGCAAUGUCACAAAAACCUGUCUCAAUGGCAUUGUGACAGUGAUGUUCACAUGUGCUAUAAUCAUCCCCUUACAUUCUCAGCAAGCAGUCUAGGGAUUUCACUUCAGGAUAACAGUGUCCAAGUUCCCGUUCUCGUUUGUGAGGCUGUUGUGUAAACUGUUAUUGAUGCCAUCCUUGAUCACCUGUGUGCCUUGUUCUUUUUACAUCGACAGCUAAUUUUAAAACAUCUAAAUUAGAGAACUUAUGAAGUGGAAUGAUACUCUCAGUAGGAACCAUAAUUCAUUUUUUGUUUAAUAGUCUGUCCUUCCCCCAUUGGGUGGUCCCAGAUCCCCUUGUUGAACAUGGGGAUCCCCUUGGACCACAUACACAAGAAUUUAUUUCUCAGGCCUCUGUUGUAUGCCACCGGUCUCUCUGUCUUUGUGCUAGUACCACACUGCUUGGAUUAGUUUAGGUUUCUGAGACUUUUAAAAGUAAUUGUGAAACCUCCAGCUUUGUUCUUUUUAACUUUGGUUUUUCUGUUGAGUGUCUGUUUAAAAAAAAAAGAAAAUUAUUUGACUGCACCAAGUGUUAGUUGCAGCAUGUGGGAUCUAGUUCCCUGGC